UGAAAACCACAUGCGUCUCUCCGCUCUUCUCUCUCCAGUGCCAAAGCGGAGAGAUGCGCACAUUGACUGAGGACACGGCGGCACAGAAAUGCGAACGUAUCCGAGCCGGAUCCGGCGUUAGCUUUACCUCCCAACACCCUCGACCCGUCUGUCAAUACAGUGGGUUGCAGGGAACAUGGCUAACUUUCAUACACUUUGUAUGACACGGGAAAUGCCCUGCGUUGUCUGGAGAGCUGUGCUGCCGAGCGGCUGAAUUGAUAGCACAAUAACACAGAGACUUGACGAGAGAAGGGGAGGUGGGGUGGGGUGGGGGGGACCUGAUUCCAGUCUUUUCUAUCCCAGAUUCUCUCCCAUUUUUGGGGUUUUGAGAGAUGAUCACGGAGCUGGUGUGCACCGCCGUGGCUGUGGGUCUCUAUCUGAACACGCUGGACGCAGAUUUCUGCUACGAUGACAGCCGAGCCAUCAAGACAAACCAGGAUCUCCUCCCUGAGACUCCAUGGACGAACAUCCUGCAUGAUGACUUCUGGGGCACUCUGCUCACUCACAGCGGUAGCCACAAGUCCUUCCGCCCGCUCUGCACCCUCUCCUUCCGCCUCAACUACACCCUUCAUGGUCUGCGUCCCUGGGGCUACCACCUGCUGAAUGUCAUCCUUCACGCCCUUGUCACCACCCUCUUUACUACCUUCAGUCGCCCCUUGCUGGGUGGAGGACUUUGGAGCCUGCUGGCUGGCCUUCUUUUUGCAUCCCACCCGGUUCACACUGAAGCAGUCGCCGGCGUGGUUGGGCGGGCAGAUGUAGGCGCUGCCUUGUUUUUCUUGCUGUCUCUUCUCUGCUAUAUGAGACACUGUGGACUUCGUCGGGAAUUACAAGGGUCGUUUGAGAGCAGAAAAUGCGGUGGCUGCUCUGGCACCCUUUGCUGGAGCUGGAUGCUGAGCAGUCUUUGGUGUGCAGCAGCUAGUAUGCUAUGGAAGGAACAGGGGGUAACGGUGCUGGCUGUGUCGGCUGUGUAUGACCUCUUUGUGUUCCAGAAGCUCCGGUUUCGCCAGGCGGUUCUUCUCCUGCUCGGAAAGAAAAAGAACAUCAGUGUUCUGCUGAGUCUUGCCAUUCUUGUUUCCUGGGGAGUGGUUCUGCUCUUGGCUCGCCUCUACUGGAUGGGCAACAAGCCCCCGAACUUCUCUAACUCCGACAACCCCGCGGCUGACUCGACACAUUUUCUCACCCGGACACUAACGUUCCUUCAUCUGCCAGCUGCCAACGCAUGGCUCCUACUCUGCCCUGAAAAGCUCAGCUUCGACUGGUCCAUGGACGCGGUGCCCUUGGUGAAAUCCUUAGCCGACUGGAGGAACCUUCACACUGUUGCCUUUUAUGGUGGAUUUAUCCUCCUGGCUUUAUUUGGCCUUCGUGGCUCCAAUUUAAAACCCAAGGAGACCAAUGGGAAGGCUUGUGUCACUAAUGGGAAAUCAAUCACUAAUGGGAAUGGUUAUCAUGCCCCGGACACAAACCACAACACAGACCAGGGGCCACCAAAGACCACCAUGAAUGGGUCAGCUGGACUCCACCACUGCCCUGCCCAGACUUCCCUUCCCCCUACAGAAAACCUUGUACUAUUUUCAUUAGCCAUCAUCUCAUUGCCUUUUAUCCCUGCAACAAACGUGUUCUUUUAUGUAGGUUUUGUUAUAGCAGAGAGGGUACUCUACAUUCCCAGUAUAGGCUUCUGUUUACUGGUCGCUACUGGUGCCAGAACCUUGUAUAUCAGACUGAGGACUAGAGGCUCCAAGGCCUUACUGUUGUGUCUCUGUGUGGGACUGGUGCUGCUGAAUGGACUCCGAACUUUUCAAAGAAACAGAGACUGGAGCAAUGAGGAAAAUCUCUACAAGUCUGGGAUAAGUGUGAAUCCUGCUAAAGCCUGGGGAAACUUGGGGAACGUGCUGAAGAACCAGGGGAAGAUGGCGGAGGCAGAGACAGCAUACAGAAAUGCUCUGCACCACCGAGGGAACAUGGCUGACAUGCUGUAUAACCUUGGCCUGCUGCUGCAGGAGAAUGAACGUUUCUCUGAAGCACUGCAUUAUUACAAACUGGCCAUUGGGAGCCGUCCAACACUGGCAUCGGCAUACUUGAACACAGGAAUCAUCUUGAUGAACCAGGGCAACCUGGAGGAGGCUAAACGCACUUUUCUGACCUGUGCCGACAUUCCAGACGAGAACUUAAAAGACCCCCACGCCCACAAGAGCUCUGUCACCAGCUGCCUGUACAACCUGGGGAAACUGUUCCAUGAACAGGGCCAGCAGGAGGAGGCUCUGUCUAUUUAUAAGGAAGCAGUGCAGAAAAUGCCCCGACAGUUUGCACCACACAGCCUUUUCAACAUGAUGGGAGAGGCAUACAUGAGGCUGAACAGGCUGGAGGAGGCCGGCCACUGGUAUAGAGAGUCCCUCAGGGCCAAACCCGACCACAUCCCUGCCCACCUUACAUACGGAAAACUCCUGUCCAUCAUUGGGCAGAAGACAGAAGCCGAGAAGUUUUAUCUGAGGGCCAUUCAACUCGACCCGACAAAAGGAAACUGCUACAUGCACUAUGGUCAGUUCCUGCUGGAGCAGUCUCGUCUGAGCGAGGCUGCCGAGAUGGCGGAGAGAGCUGCGGAGCUUGACAGCUCAGAGUUUGAUGUGGUCUUCAAUGCUGCUCACAUGCUCAGACAGGCCAGUCUAAAUGAGGCAGCAGAGCAGCAGUAUGAGCGUGCAGCCAGCCUUAGACCAGAUUACCCUGCAGCUCUGAUGAACCUAGGUGCCAUUCUCCACCUGAAUGGGAAACUUCCGGAAGCAGAGGCCAACUACUUACGUGCACUCCAGCUCAAACCUGACGAUGUCAUCACCCAGUCCAACCUGCGCAAGCUGUGGAACAUCAUGGAGAGGCAGGGACUCAGGGUCAGGCAAGGGAUACAGAGUAGCAACUUUUUGAACUGAGAGACUCACUGCACUCUUCUAUUAAUAAUGACACACUGUCCUCCAGGAUAAAAGCUUGCUCUACAUGACAAAUUCUUUAAUGUCAUGGUGCUUGUGGAAGACAGUUUGAGACUUGGCAUGUUUGGGAUUCAAGGUUUUAAGAGUUCUGCCUCAAAAUAAUUCACUAUAUAGACUAAGACUAGUGUCGGCUAUGUCACUGGGUUUAAAAAAACAAUGCUUAGUUGUGACAUGGUGCUCUAAAGUCAAAGAGUAAUUGCAAUUAUAGUAGAUCAAAAAUCUGUUAUUUAUUAUUGCUCUCUAAAUUAUAACUAAGGUAUGUUUAAGCACUUAAUUUGGAGUGGGCAAAAUGAUUCAAGUACUAUUUUGCUCAGUGGGUUUUGAAUUGAUCAGUACUGAAGGGUGGAUUUAAUAUUUCGCUUAUGUUUCUGACUGUUUUUGUUAAAAGGAACUCCACAAGGUUUUUAACAUGAAUGGUUUUUGGGAGGGCCAAUUUGUAUGUGAACAAAUGUUGUACAAAGAUGAGAUGAUUAAAGGCUUAUAAGGUGCUGUGUCCACUGUGCCCAAAACGUUAAUUUCAGAGCGUUUCUCACUAGCAUUUACUGUUGCUAGAUUAGGAAAGUAAUCCUGCGGCACUUCCGCUUUCCUAAAUAGAGACAGUUUGGUCUGUUUUAAAAUCAAUUAAUCAAUUAAUC